AUGGCACCAUCAGCUGCGAUGUUCAUGCUCUCUUAUCCUCUUUUUCACCAGAUAACAGCAAACAACAAUCUGCAGCCACAACCGGAACCGUCACCGCCGGUAGUUAAGUGUCUUCUUCCGGCGAGAAACUCAUCGGAAAGUUCUGAUCGUUCGAGGUUUACUCGUUGGCUAUUUGGCGAUCCCGCUACAUACAACAAGAGGUUCCAAGAAGCUAUUGAACGUAGCUGCUGGUGA